CACAUCACACAUGUUCCUGAUCGAGCACGCCACAGGCCCCCGGCAGAGGGGCACGCGAGCCAUGUCCACCGAGAACUACGACCCGUACUACCCGGACCAACCGGUGGUCGACCAGUACAUCCAGGUAUGGGCCAAGCAGCCCGCAUUCGGCCUCAAGCCCGCCUUCAUCUGGGCCGACGAUGGCCGGCGGGCCGGCACGUCAUCGUACACCGCCGUGACGUAUUCUGAGCUGAACGCCGCCGUGCAACGCAUGGCUCUCAGCCUCCUCGAGACCGUAAGUAGGGGCGACACCGUCCUCCUACUCGCGUCGCCGGGCCUCCGCCUCAUCAAGCUCAUCUUCGCGUGCCAGCGCGCCGGGCUUGUCGCGGUGCCCAUCAUGCCCCCCGACCCGUCCAAGCUCGGCACGGCGGCGCAGGGCGCGGCUUACGGCCACCUUUUACGCGCUGUGUCGCAGACGAGGCCGUCCGCGGUGGUCGCGGACGCGGGAUACAUUGACAUGGUCAUGAAGUCGCCGGUUGCCGUCCUGAAGUGUCUGCGCUGGGUGUCGGUUGGUCGCUUGGAGAGCCGGGCUUCGAGUGUGGCUUCUGAUGACGAGCUGGGCCGGACGGGUUACAAGGGCUGCGGGCCGAGGGACACGUACUUGAUCCAGUACACGUCGGGCGCGACUGGCGCCCCGAAGCCCGUCGUGGUCACCGCGGGAGCCGCGGCACACAACGUGCGCGCGGCGAGGAAGUCCUACGACCUCCACCCGGGCAGCGUCAUCGCGUCGUGGCUGCCGCAGUACCACGACUGCGGCCUCAUGUUCCUCCUCCUCACCGUCGUUGCCGGCGCGACAUGCGUGCUCGCCUCGCAUGCGGCCUUCGUCCGGCGCCCGCGCCUCUGGCUAGAGCUCGUCGCCGAGUUUAAGGCCACCUGCACGCCGGUCCCGUCGUUCGCGCUGCCACUGGUGCUCAAGCGAGGCCGCUCGGAGCACGGGACGAGACCACUCGAACUCGGGAGCUUACGGAACCUUAUCCUCGUAAACGAACCGAUCUACAAGUCAUCAGUUGACGAGUUCGUGGAAGAGUUUGGCCGUGCCGGCCUGGACGCGGCGUCCAUCUCGCCGUCCUACGGGCUGGCCGAGAAUUCCACAUUCGUGUCCACCGCAUGGCGUGGAACGGAAGGAAAGCUUUGGAGUGGCCGGUUGAGCCUCCCGUCGUACAAGAAACUUUUGCCGUCUGCAAGGCUACCGUCGCUGGCGUCUGCGGCAAAGGAGCCAGAGAUUGAGGUCGUCAUUGUUGAUGGGGAGAACGGCGAGCCCGUGGAAGACGGCGUCGUGGGGGAGAUAUGGGUGUCCUCGCCGAGCAACGCGUCGGGCUACCUCAGGCACCCGUCGGCGAGCCGCGAGGUGUUCUGCGCGAGCCUGCCGGGGAGAGCCGGCAUAAGCUUCGUGCGCACGGGCGACUGUGGCUUGGUACGCGGAACGGAGCGGUAUCUCUACGUACUCGGCCGGAGCGCGGAUGUCAUUGCCACCAACAGGCAACGUCGCGUGCACGCGCACUACAUCGAGACGGCGGCUUUUGACAGCUCGCCGGAUUCCCUGAGAGGUGGCUGCGUCGCGGCCUUUGCCAUGUCGCCUUCGUCCGUGGUGGUCGUGGCGGAGCUGCAAAAGGGAAGAGGCAAUGCGCAUCAGAGUAGCAUCUGCGAUGGCAUAAGACGGGCCGCGUGGAAAGAAGGUCUACGGAUUGGGUCUGUCGUGCUGGUCGAGAGCGGCGGCUUGCCUAAGACUACUUCAGGGAAGCUGCGACGAGGAUCGGCGAGGGAGAAGCUGCUCUCCGGCAAGCUCCCCAAGAUUUUUGUGGCGCACUAUGGCGAAGCCGAGGGCUCUGCCUCCACGUGGGUACGAGACGGCGAGGAGAUGGAGAAGUGUGGGACGAGUUGGGUGGCGGGGGAGGUCGGAGGGGAGCUUGCUGGCAUGGUCGUUAUGGCCAGUGGGAGUGCAAGUGACCGGCUUCAUUUGCAAUCAUCUCUCUGA